UGCCUCGAAUAGGUUAAUAUAGUUGAAUAGAAUUGAGAGAAAUCAGUUUGAUUGUGUCCUUUGUGCAAGUAACUGACAAACAUGAGGAUGAACUUUGUGAAAUAAUCUGUUCAAAGUUCAUUUCGACUGAGAGCUAUUCUGUGAAUAAUAAUAAGUCGUCCUCGCAUACAAAUGACGCCCCGAAGAUUCUCCCAACGGCUGAGACAAAUGCGGAAAACCGCAAAUGUAUUCCAUUCUCCGCCACAACCGCCAAAAUCCUUAACGAAGAGUCCAAUCGACUCCGAAAUUACUGACGUCGGGAAAUCACCAGAGUCACUUCGUUUUAAAGGGCCAGAGCCCCUCUGCAUCAAAGAGCUCAGUCCCAAAAUCCUCCCCAGAGCCCCAAAACUCAAGCUCAACCUCGACAUACCCGAUGAGGACGCCGAAGAAGACCUCAAAAACGAUGUCAAUUAUCCAAAGAGCUACAGGGACACCCUCGAACGAACUACUUCCAUUGACACAAUUAAGAACGAAAUAUCAUUUAUGGGACAUUCCGCGAGUCCCAAAGAUUUCUUGUACCGUAAAAUGGAAUCGUUGGAGCGCCAGAAUGAAAAACCAGCUGCAUUAGACAUGGAACAGGAAAGAUGCGAAGAAAUCGUCAAGAUACCGAGCUGUUGUCCAUCGACGGCGGAUUCCCCUCACCGGAGGUAUUUUGAUACUCCAAAGGCGAUCGGCAAUGACCUCGCCGAGCUCAAGAUAUUAAAAGAAAAUUUUUCACAGAUAAAGAAAGAAAUGGAGUAUUACGAUAAAAGUGAGACUUUAUCGAAGAAUCUUCAGCCAAUGACAACAACCAAUCAAACAACCGCACUUUCUUUAGCCUCCUCAGUUAAGGCGAUCGAUGGUGGCGAGGAUUCUCGAAAUGAAUACUUCGAUUUGACCUUCACGACUUCUCCACCUUCCAAGAAGUGCAUAACGACCUUGAACUUUGAUGAGAUCAAGAUACCCAGUAAAAAAACAAACAAAGCUAGCGAUAAUACUUUAAAAUAUGGGACUGGUUGUGAUGAGGUAAUUGUAGAGUCCCAACAAAGAUCGAUGCUCAGUUGGCCGACUCCCAAGAUCGUUGAAUCUGGAUGCAAAACCAUUUCUGUGACGAUGGAAUUGAGUGAUUCUCAAGUCACAGUAGAAGACCAUUCAAUAAUGAAUGGUAGUGUAAUUAAGGCGCAGGGAUAUAGAAUGGGGGUUACAGAGUGGUGGCCACCUUUGGAGAGGGUCCUGGUGACCAUCGAGUGGAUUGGUAGGAGUGUCUUGGCACUUUUGAAAAAGUAUGGAAUCGUCUUUAGGGAGGGUUUUAAUUCCCAGGCUAUGAGCAGGAAAUCACCGGUAGAUGCGUUGGAUAAGGUGGUUGAGGUCGUCAGGAAGGAGAAUGAGAGGAUAGCUGUAAGGAUCUCGGAGAGCAUCAACGACCUUUUGAUGGAAUUGGCUAAAACGUCUUUGAGGAAUCAUCAGAGUCUCUUAACAUUGAGCAAAGAAGUUCAGGAAUUGAAAAAUACAAACAAGCAAUUACUGAGUAGUACCACGACCGUCACAACAGAAUUAAAGUCCAUAUCAGAGGCGCUGGAGAUAUUUAAAUCGAAUUUGAAAAUGCCAGCUACAGUUGGACCCUCACCUUUUACACCACAACUCCCAUCACCACUGCCACCACUAGGUGGACUCCCGGGCCUUCCUCCUCCUCCACCGCCGCCCCCGCCACCCCCACCACCACCCCUGCCCGCAUUAUUCGUGAAGACUCCGAAAACGCCAUUGAGGUCGGUGAAAAAAUUACCAAAGAGAACAUGCUCAACUCCCUUGGAAGGCAGGCCGUCCAUCACCCUUGAAGACAUCCUCAAGGUCACACUGAAGAAAGCACCUCCAGCGCAAAAAGAUCCAUUAAGAACACCACUGACUGCCAAGGGUCCAGUGGUGUCCCUGGACAUGCUGAAAAGUGUGAAGCUCAAGUCUGCCAGGCGCAGAAGUACUGAUCAGCUAGGAUCUCCACGCAGAAUUCAUCCCUACAAAUACAGGAGCUCGCAAAAUUUAACAGCAUCGCCGAUUUCAGGGAGGGAACGCAGCCCUCUCCAUAGAAUUCUGCGACAAGUUGACGAGACUCGACGUGGACGCAGAAAAACUAUGAGCCCCACAACGAGCUCUCUCAGUGAUUACGAGACUCCCAGGGAGGGUAAAGAGGUCGACGCGAGAAGCAGCAGAUCCCAUUCGAUCGUCAUUUAAUCCAAUGAAGAAAAUAUUUUAUUCAUUGAAAUGAGAGUUUUUAAAUAUCGUACAUUAUUCAGAAUAAUUUUCAGAUUAAUUUAUCGUGACUGUCAAAGUAUUUCUUUGAUUAAUCUCAAUAUAUUCCAGAUGAAGAUAAUUUUAA